AUGGCAAGAAAGAACAAUCGAAAAUCCAAGCGGCGUGCCAGGUCCAAACCGACGGAGCGUAUCUCAUGGAGCAACACCGAACGACUUCAACUUCUAGCAUACUUGAGCUGGUGCGUGCAAUACUGUAUCAAGUUCGAGGUGACAGCUCCUGGUUACCUUGAAAAGGAAUGGCAAGACUGGGGAACAUGCAAAAAGUUCAACGAUCUAUUCGAGCUAGGUACAACAGGCCUAGAGCCUCUUGUUGGCGAGGAGCAGGAGACUUUCCAGAAAAUGUUCAGCAGCAUAAACCCUCUCCAAGGAGCGCGUUGCACACGAAGCAGAUCUUUGGGUCUUGCUACCCGGUCGGGUACGCUCUCUGCACAUCGUUCUAUAUAUUCAAUCAGCAGCUCCAGAGGACCCAAUGAAUUGUCUAUUCCACAAGCUGGCAACCCAAGCGUGGUACCCGAACGUCCAAGACAAAAGAACAAGACAAGGUCCUCUUUAGCGUCAAGAAGACUGGCCUUCAACAACGAUCUUAGUGAUGAUGAGCUCGCCAGGGAUGAUAACACAGAGAGGGUUAAAAGCGAAGACCAAUCCGAACUAAGCACAAUUGCCACACCGGUACUCAAAGCCAUUGAACGCCAGAUCGCCCCUACCAUUCCCGACUCCCAAGAAGAAACUAUGACUGUUAUCUCGCAAGAAGAGUCGCGCUCACCCACGGAGGUCAGAUUAAGGCAGUCGGAGGCAGAUCUCCUUAAACAGAAAGGCUAUUCUAUCACUUUAGAAAACCGAAUAUCUGAGCUCAAAAGAAGAAACUACGACUUGGAAGAUUGCAUGCGCCUUGAAUAUGGGGAGGUAACUCAGCUUCGAAAGGAAAUAUCUAGUUUGAAAGAAAAGCUUGACCGAAAACGACUUCUUGAGAGGAACCACGAUGAUCUGGAAGCAGAUAGGCUUGGGUUCCUGAACACCUCUCUCCGGGCAGAGUAUGAGAGUCUCAACUCAAACAUCCGCAAUACUUGUUCGACGAUUUGUCAUCUGAGUUUGGACGAUGCCCUCCCGGAAGGACGGCCAGAUUUCUCUUCCCUAGCAAAUAACUGGGCUAAACGCAUUAGCGGGUGCGAUCUCGGCCCUCUUCUCGAUCGCUCUGAGGCAGCACAAAUCCCGAAGAGAUUCAUUCUGGCAGCUCUAGUAGCAGCAGGCAUCUUCGAACUAGUCCUUGAAGAUGCGUUUCCAGCCUUCCUGGCUGCUGAUUCUCCACUCUUAGAUCAGUAUAGAAGGCACAUCGAAACUGAAAGUAAGCAUACUAUCCCCUUCACACCCAAUCCUGCGUAUUCCCAAGACACCAAGCUAACAAGACUAGGGGGAUGGAACGCACUCCAUCGACUUGAUUUUAUGUCUAUAAAGUCUCUCUUUUCUGACAAGGACCUUAAAGACAGGAUUUUUUCUGAAAAGUCCGAGUGGCUUUCUAGCUUAAUGCUGGAAACUCUAAGCUAUUUUCUGCCCCUCGAAAGUCGUGAUAUAACCCAACGUUUAUCUCCCAGCGAUCCAGAAGAGGAGGCUAUUGGGGACGUGGACAUAACUUUGCAGCAUGCGUUGAAAUUCAAGAUUAACCUUUUGUUGUCUGUAAAACGGCUUAAGUAUCACUUCUUCAGGCCUGGUACAGUAUUCGACGCGAGCAAAAUGGAGGUCGGUCAAUCUCAAGCGGGAGACAUGACACUUUUGGGUAAGGCGGUUAAGAUCUGCCUAUUACCCGCUCUUUUCACUAUCCCAGAGGCAAGCAAUGAGAUUAAAGUCGGGGGGGAGUUGGGUCUUAGCGAACACUACAGCAAGGCUUUAACAGAAGCAUCAUAUAAGGAGACGGAAUCUCUAGUUCUUGUGGAAAAGGCAAUUGUGUUUCUUUAG